AUGUUUUUGGUGAGAUUAGCCAAUGAGACUAAACCAUUUGGCAAUGAACCGACUUCUGUACUUCUUCGCAUUUACUCCGAUCCAAAAAACAACGACUUAAUGAAUGAAUCCAUUAUUUGUACCAUUUUCUCUGAAAGGAAGAUUGGACCAAAACUUUUAGGGAUAUUUAGAGGCGGUCGAUUCGAAGAAUACAUACCAUCAAGAUCUCUGUCGCGUCAAGAAUUAUCAUCUCCUUUAUAUAUGGAUUUGAAUUUACUGAAUUCUAGGAUAACCUGCUAUAUCGGUCGUCUCCUAGCACAGGUCCACAGUCUUAAUGUCCCAGUGAAGAAAGAACCACUACUCAUCGAACGAGCAUAUAUAUGGCUGAAAAACUUGCAUAAACAAAUGAUACACAAAAUGCAAACUACUAAAGUAUCAGUCGAUUUAUCUCAAGUAGGUUCUCAGCUGCUCAAAAUUUGUCUCUAUCUCAAAAUUUCAAAAGAAAGAUUCUUUCUUUGUCCGAAGGAAGUGACCUGCCAGCUGCUAACUGAGGAGCUUGAGAUACUCGAACAGUGUGUCCUAAGAAGUAAAAGUCCGAUAGUGUUUUGUCACAAUGAUCUCCAGGAAGGCAAUAUUUUAUUAAGGAGAAAUAGUGAGAAUGCGAACAACUUGGAUUUGGACAAAGGAAACGUAAAUGAAUCUUUAAUUCUCAUCGAUUUUGAAUAUUCCGGCUAUAAUUAUCGGCAAAUUUCGAAUGCACCUUAUUAUUCAAUCGAUCAGCAGCUAUUUCCUGACGUCGAACAACAAAGAAUACUAAUCUCAUCUUAUUUGGAUGAGAUGCAUGCGCACGAAGAGAGUGCCAAAGUUUUUGAUAGCAGUAGCAUUAUCGACGAACUUAUCAUUGAAAUGGAUCGAUUUACAGCAGUAUCGCACUUAUUUUGGUCAAUUUGGGCAUUUUUUUUGGCACAAGAUUCACCAAUCCAAUUUGACUAUAUCAGUUAUGGAAUGGACCGCUUAGCUCUUUAUUACGACAAGAAAUCAUCAUUAAUGCAAUAUAUGAGAUGA